GGCAACCACCAGUUUUUCCUUUCCUUUCUCACCGUUGAACUGUCCAGACGGAGCUUUAUCGGUUUUCCACCACCAUUGUGAGUGUUGAAAGUGUGCGCAUGGACCUUUUAGAUGAUAUUUUUGCCGAUGGUGCUUCAAAGACUGUCAAGGCUGGUGGCAAGUUUCAACCCAAGGCAAAGCCUCGUCUGGUGAAAAAAGGUCCAGCUGUUGCGUCCCCAGCUGUUUCUUUGACGUCAAAACCCACUGGUGAUACUGUAGCAACUGAUUCCUCUGAGGCUUUCACGACUGCAAAGAAUUCCCAAAACUACGAUGAAAUGUCAGCUGAACCAUCGUUGGAGCACCCUCUUGCUGCAGAAACUUUAGGUCCAUCAGUUGGUUCAAGUCUAGAUGCAAGUACGGUAAUGACUGAUAACAAUGAAGAUUGGAAAUCUUGCUUUGAGAAAUCUGAAGGAGAGAAUGCAGAUGUAUAUAUAGGUUUGGAUUCAUUUGAUGAUUUACUUCCUCACUCAAGCGGCAUAGAGAGUUCUAGUCCCGCUACAGAUCCAUCUCCUGUUCAUGUUGCUGGUGCAGAGAAGCGAGAAGAACAAGAACAGCUUUCAAUUCCAGUUUCUUCAGUUGAUGAUUCAGCUCCUAGUGCUUCCAAUCUUCAAUCUGAUGAAGCUGCAGCAGCCCAAGAUCCAUUAACUUUCCAAGGAACUGUUCUUCCUGUUAGUGGAAGUUGUCAGAUGGAGAUGGACACCUACCCUUCCUUGGAAGCUGAUAUCCUUGGGGUAACUACUAUACCUGGGCAGAGUAGAAGAUUCCAAUCCAAGUCCAAGCUACAAGUAUACAGAGAGAGAUACGAUACUAGCAUUCCUGAUUCAGAUGUAGGACAGUCUGUAUCAUGUCAGCCAGAUUUACACUCCGUUCAUUCUGAAAUGGAUUUUGUGGAUAAUGGGAAUGAACAUGGUUUCCCUGCUGAUGAUGUCCUUGAUUUCUCAGCCGGAGGAUUUGAUAAUAAUAUAAUGACAGAAUCUGCUCAUGAAUUUCCAGUUCAUGAAGAGUAUGUUACAGAGGCUUCUCUUCCAGAUGCUGGCAUCCUAGCAAAGCAUCCUGAAGCUACUUCUCAGAUGCCUGAGGAGCUUGUACCUCAGAGGCCAAAGACUAUAAAACGAAAAAUCCCUGCAUCUGAUCUUUCUGCAAUUAGUGAAGAGAACGGAGACAGUAGAUCAUUAAGGAGUAGAAGAAAGUCUGUGAAUGCAAAUAGACUUGUAGAUGAGCCUGAAGAAGUAAUUGAUGACGGGGAAUAUGUGCCUGAACAUCCUAAUGAUGUUAUAAAUGGGAAUGAUGAUAAUGAUGAGGAUCUUCUGGUGGAAAAUGAUUCAAAAGGGAAAAAGGGACAGAAAAAGUCGAAGAAAACAGUUACUAAGGAAGGAAAACGAGUUAGGAAGAGUAAAAAGACUGCUGAAGCUUCGGACCAGGCAGCCAACAAGAAGCCUAAAAAGUUUUCUCAUUCCACUCGUCAAAAGAGGAGAAGAGUGGACAAGGCUUUGCUUGAGGCUCCCGAGGGUGCGUUUGACUAUUCAAAGGUGCCUAUUAAGGAUUUAAUUAUAUUAGCUGAGCACAAAGAGCGGUUGGCGAAAAAAGAUGCAGCAGCGUCACAAAUACCUACUACAGAUCCGAGUGCUGGUGCUUCUGUUUCUAAUUAUGAUGAGGAUGAGACCUAUGCUUCAGAUGAAGAUGGGGAAACUAAUGAUCAUCAGAAAAGUCCUAGGGCUGAAGAUACCUCUGCCUACUUCAAUUAUCAGACUUACAUGGACAAAACACCCAGCACAAGGUGGUCAAAACAGGACACAGAACUUUUCUAUGAGGCUGUGCAGCAGUUUGGGACAGACUUGUCCCUGAUACAACAACUUUUUCCUGGUCGGACACGUAGACAGCUAAAGCUAAAAUACAAAAAAGAAGAGAAGCAAAAUCCAUUAGGGCUUCAUGAUGCUCUAACAAAUCGUUCCAAAGAUCAUUCCCACUUUGAACGAGUAAUUGAGCGCUUAAAGCAAAUUGAAGCUGAGGAAUUGCAGUACGCCGAUAAAGAUGAGUCAGUUGACUUGAUAGGGGAGGAGGAAAUGGAGGAGACCCAGGAGGUCAAUGAGGAAGAAGCAAAGUCUGAGCAUGUUGAGGAAAAAGAAGCUGAAGCAGUGGAGCAAGAUGUUCCAGAAAUGGAGAGCUUAAUUAAGGAGGACGAUAUUGAAGACGAUAUUGAAGACGAUUUCUUGAAAUGGAGUGAGUACAAGAGUGAAGUCUGAAUGUUAACUCAGUUUUAGUUUAUUUAUAUUUUCCUGCCACAUGGCUCUUAUAUCUCUUUUGUUUAUUCCUUUUUGAACUCGUACCAAUAGUAUGGUACUUGGGAGAAUCAUGUCAAAGGAAUGUAGCAAAAUGUUAAAGUGUUCAAAGUUAUAUGCCCCGACAAUGUAAAGAAAAUUGGCACUGAUAUGUUAGCUUUAACUUGAUGGGUGUAAGCAUUAUUCUUCAUACCA